UGCUGCGUCCGGGCCCGCACCUCUUCCCCGACUAUGUCAACGAGAUGCCGCCGGACCUCUCCGCCGUCUUCCCACCCGCCUUCUGCGCUCACCUGCAGGCCUCCUUCAACGCGCCGCAGCUGCAGGCCAUCCACUGGGCCGCCGCCCACACCGCCGCGCACACGCCUGCUGCGUCUGCUAGUGCAGCCGGCACUGCCGCCUCCGGCCGGUCAGGGUCGGGCGGCGUGGGGGGCGGCAAGGGCGACAGCAGCAAGGGCGACAGCAGCAAGGGCGGGUGGCCGUUCACGCUGGUGCAGGGGCCGCCGGGGACGGGCAAGACGCACACGGUGUGGGGCAUGCUGAACGCCAUCCACCUCGUGCACUACCAGCGCUACUACCACUCGCUCCUCGCCAAACUCGCCCCCGCCGCCUCCGCCACUCUCGUACCCGAGGACUCAGCGUCGGCAGGUGCCGGCUCGGAAGGUGUAGGUUCGGCGGAGGUCGUAGGUUCGGGAGGGGGCAGCAUAGAGGAUCUGCUGGAGAGCAUGGAUCGGCUGGCGCCGCGGCGGCAGGUGCGGGUGGCACGCAAGCCGCGCAUGCUGGUGUGUGCGCCGUCCAACGCCGCGGUGGACGAGCUGCUGUCGCGUGUGCUCUCCAAGGGCUUCCUCGACGGCGAGAUGCGCACCUAUCGCCCUGAUGUGGCGCGCGUUGGUGCCGAGGCCGCCACCCCCGCCGCUCAGCCCUUUCCUCGCCUCCUCUCAUGCCCUUUCCUCUUUCUCCCCACCACCCACCCCACCCGCCCAUGCACGCCCCUGGGCCAGGCGGUAUCGGUGGAGCGGCGGUCGCAGCAGCUGCUGCAGAUGCCGGCAGAGGAGGCCGCCCACCACGUGGCAGCGCUGCGCCACAAGGAGGGCCAGCUGGCAUGCCACGUCAGCGUGCUGCAGCGCCAGAUCCGCGAGCUGGUGGAGGCGGGGGGAGGGGGGGGUGGGGAGGGGGGCAGUGCGGUGGGGAUGGAUCCAGAGGUGUUGGUGCAGCGGGAGCGGGAGAGAGAUGCCGUGGUGCAGCGGUUGGCAGUGAGUGUGCAGCAUUGCUUGCUUCUAGGAUGCUCUGCUCUUGUCUCACCCAUCACAUCGUCUUAUGAUGUUACUUUCUCCAUCUUCCUCCCAACACCCGUCUCACCUACCUAUGCCCCAUCAUGCGCUCACCACGCCGGGGUGACCACUUCGCAGGCAGCGGUGGAGGAGAGGGAGCAGGUGGGGGUGGAGGUGGGGCGGCUGCUAAUCGUGCUGGGAGCGAGGCGGGGCGAGGUGACGGUGGAGGCGGCGAGGGCACAGCUGGAGGCGAGCUUUGCGGAGGAGGCCGAGGUGGUCUUCACCACCGCCAGCAGCAGCGGCCGCCGCAUAUUCGCGCGGCUGGCGCACGGGUUUGACAUGUGUGUGUUUGACGAGGCGGCGCAGGCCAGUGAGAUGGCGGCGCUGCCCCCUCUCACGCUGCGCUGCCAGCGCUGUGUGCUCGUGGGCGACCCGCAGCAGCUGCCCGCCACCGUCAUAAGCCGCCUCGCCUCCUCCCUCGAUUACAGCGACCGCCUCACCGACGCGCCCGCCGUCACGGCGCUGGCGGACGAGCCGUACCACGCCGACCCGCUGCUGCGCCCGCUGCUCUUCUUCGACGUCAGCGCCGGCCGCGAGUCGCACGGCGAGCGCUCCGUGUCGUACCAGAACACCACCGAGGCCGCGCUGGCUGUCGCGCUCUUCCAGCGGCUGCAGGAGGUGAGUGCAGCAGCAGGCGCCACAGGGCCAGUGCCAGUGGGGGUGGUGACGCCGUACCGCCAGCAGCUCAAGCUGCUGCGCCGCUCCUUCGACCAGCUUGCCCGCUCCGCCCCCCUGCCCCCCCUGCCCCUGCCUGCCGCCCCUGCCACUGGUGUGGAGCAAGCGGCAGGGAAUGCUGCUGCCAUCCAAGCACAGCAGCACGAGCAGCAGCAGCAGCAGCAGCAGCAGGGGCAGGGAGCACCAGACCCAGGCCCUGCUGCGAGCCAGGAGUGGCAUCCCGGCCUCCUUGCCACACCACCACCCCCUUGUGCCCCUGCUGCUGCCGCGGCCCCACGCGCGUCAGUGGCAGCGGUGGCAGCGGGCGGGGCGGCGCUGUAUGUGAACACGGUGGACGCCUUCCAGGGGCAGGAGCGCGACGCCAUCAUCCUGUCGUGCGUGCGCGCCUCCACGCGCGGGCUGGGCUUCGUGGCCGACGUGCGCCGCAUGAACGUCGCCAUCACGCGCGCCAAGCGCUCCCUCUGGGUCAGCCCACCUCUGCCUGAGCCUCGCCUUCUUGUUUCCGUUUCCCGCUGUGCAGUCACAGCCUACCCUCACCCUACCUCCUGCUCCACCUGCACGCCCCAUUGUCAUUGA